GUUCUAUAAUUAAUUUUUUUAUUUUGUUUUUAUUAGAUAUCGUACUAUGGCUGAAAAUAUUUCAGAAAUACCAUGAUGAUUUUAUGAUAAAAGUUCAAGAAUAUGCAAGCUUUUAUAAUUUUCAAAUACGAAAAGAAAAGUAAAGAGAACAAUAUUAGAAAAAGAACAAUUGUAUGCUCGCGUGCGGGUAUUGCCAGACAAAAAGAUGAGAAUAUUAAUUCAAGAGAUCGGCAAUCUCAGAGAUGUGAUUGUCCUUUCCUUAUUAGAGCGUCGCUCAACUCACAAACUGGCGUUUGGCAUAUUUUGGCCAUGAAAUUAGAUCAUAGUCAUGAAAUGGUUAAUCCUGAGCACAAAAAAUUUCUUCAUAACGAAAGGAUAAUUCCACAGGAUAUUAAGGAUCGUAUUGAAAUUUAUCAUCAUGCCAGUUGUAGCGUCCCAACAAUUAGAUCUAUCCUUAAACAAGAAUACCAAGGAUUAGAGUCAUGGAUUUAUAAUGACAUUUAUAAUUUUGUAUAUAAAUUAGAUGGUAAAUUACAACAGCGUUUCUUUGAAGCAAAUGAAUUUAUCAAUACUUUAAACAGCUCAAAAGGGAGAUAGAUGGAUUUGAAUAUGAAACGAGAAUUGAUG